AUGGGUUCGAUGGGUGAACCUCUGUCGUCACAGAGUUCUCGAGACGAAUCUCUGAAACCAUUUCCAUCCAAUGAAACCAGUAGCAACAAGCCAAGUAUAGCGGAACCGCACAAGGAUCAUAGGAGAAGACGGUCUUCGAGUAUAAUAUCGCAUGUGGAACCGGAGACUUUUGAAGAUGAAAACGACCAGCAACUUUUACCAAAUAUGAACGCUACGUGGGUAGAUCAGCGAGGAGCAUGGAUUAUUCACAUUGUGGUGAUCUUGCUGUUGAAGAUUUUCUACGAUUUAUUGCCCGGAGUGAGCACCGAGUGGUCGUGGACAUUGACGAAUAUGAGUUAUGUAAUUGGGUCCUACGUCAUGUUCCAUUUGAUCAAGGGUACUCCGUUUGAUUUCAACGGGGGAGCGUACGAUAAUCUGACUAUGUGGGAACAGAUAAACGAUGAAACGUUGUAUACACCGGCUAGGAAAUUCCUGAUUAUGGUGCCCAUCGUGUUGUUUUUGGUCAGCACUCAUUAUUCGCAUUACGACUUGAAGCUUUUCUCGUGGAACUUCUUGCUCACAUUUGUUCUCGCUGUGGUGCCCAAGCUGCCCGUGACGCACCGCUUGAGGAUCUCGAUACCGGGUAUCACUGGUCCAGCGCAGAUCAGCUAG